AUGCCAAGCAAAACAGUGGAUUGAGUUUUUUGUUAAUAACAAAUGCAAAGGUAGCCGAUAUGACUUCAAUCAUUAAGUUGCACACCAUAUCAGGUGCAAUGGAUGAGUCGCCACCCUGUUAUAUACUACAAAUUGACGAUGUGCGCAUUCUGCUCGACUGCGGCUGGGAUGAAAAAUUUGAUACCAACUUCAUAAAAGAGCUUAAAAGGCAAGUGCACACGCUAGAUGCCGUGCUGCUCUCCCAUCCGGAUGCCUAUCACCUGGGCGCGCUUCCGUACCUCGUGGGAAAGCUGGGUCUUAACUGUCCCAUCUAUGCCACAAUUCCUGUUUUUAAAAUGGGCCAAAUGUUCAUGUACGAUCUCUACAUGUCUCAUUUUAAUAUGUAUGAAUUUGACUUAUUUUCAUUGGACGAUGUGGACGCGGCUUUUGACAAAAUAACACAGCUGAAAUACAAUCAAACAGUCUCGCUUAAAGGCAAGGGCUACGGCAUUUCCAUUACGCCUCUAAAUGCUGGACACAUGAUAGGCGGAACCAUUUGGAAAAUUGUCAAGGUGGGCGAAGAGGACAUUGUAUAUGCCACCGAUUUUAAUCACAAAAAGGAGCGUCAUUUGAGCGGCUGUGAAUUAGAGAGGCUGCAGCGUCCCUCACUUUUAAUUACUGACGCGUAUAACGCACAAUAUCAGCAGGCUCGUCGACGCGCACGUGAUGAGAAACUGAUGACCAAUAUCUUACAAACUGUCCGAAACAAUGGUAACGUCCUUAUCGCUGUGGAUACGGCGGGCCGGGUACUUGAGCUUGCACAUAUGCUUGAUCAGCUGUGGAAGAACAAGGAAUCAGGCUUAAUGGCUUAUUCGCUAGCAUUGCUAAAUAAUGUUUGCUACAAUGUCAUCGAAUUCUCGAAGUCACAAAUUGAAUGGAUGACGGAUAAGCUGACGAAGGCAUUCGAGGGUGCGCGCAACAAUCCCUUCCAAUUCAAACAUAUUCAACUGUGCCACACGCUGGCCGAUAUCUACAAGCUACCUGUCGGUCCCAAGGUUGUCCUGGCCAGCACGCCAGAUUUAGAGAGUGGAUUCUCACGUGAACUGUUCUUACAGUGGGCUAGUAAUCCAAAUAACAGCAUAAUUUUUACCACGCGGACCGGUCCAGGCACCUUGGCCAUGGAACUAACCGAAAACACUACUCCGGGCAGACAAAUUGAAUUGGACAUACGUAGGCGUGUUGAACUAGAGGGCGCGGAACUGGAUGAGUACUUACGCACACAGGGCGAAAAACUAAAUCCCCUAAUUGUGAAACAGGACAUCGAGGAGGAGAGCAGUUCCGAUUCCGACGACGACAUUGAAAUGAGUAUUAUAACAGGAAAGCACGACAUUGUAGUGCGUCCCGAGGGUAGACAUCAUUCAGGCUUUUUCAAGUCGAAUAAACGGCACCACGUCAUGUUCCCUUUCCACGAGGAGAAAAUCAAGUUCGACGAAUAUGGUGAGAUCAUUAAUCUGGAUGAUUAUCGUAUAGCAGACGUCGGCAACUAUGAUUACAUGGUACCAGAGGAACAGAACAAGGAGAACGUGAAGAAGGAGGAGCCGUGCGUAGAGCAAAAGACUAAUGGUCAAAUGGACACCGAUGUGCAGCUCCUGGAGAAGCCCACCAAACUCAUUAGCCAACGCAAAACAAUCGAGGUCAAUGCUCAAAUACAGCGCAUAGACUUUGAAGGACGAUCCGAUGGUGAAUCUAUGCUAAAGAUUCUCUCGCAGCUGCGACCGCGUCGCGUCAUCGUCGUCCAUGGCACAGCCGAGGGCACACAACUGGUGGCCAAACACUGCGAGCAAAAUGUGGGUGCACGCGUGUUUGCGCCCCAGAAAGGUGAAAUCAUUGAUGUAACCACCGAGACACAUAUUUAUCAGGUGCGUUUGACCGAAGGUCUCGUCUCCAAGCUACAGUUCCAAAAGGGCAAAGAUGCCGAGGUGGCCUGGGUUGAUGGACGAUUGGGAAUGCGUUUGCAAGCAAUUGAUGCGCCCAAUGCCCCAGAAGUGACCGCAGAGCAGGAUCCUUCCACCCAAGAGGGCAAAACGUUGACGCUCGAAACACUUGAAGAGGAUGAAAUUCCUGUCCACAAUUCGGUGCUCAUCAAUGAGCUAAAAUUAUCCGAUUUUAGACAAGUACUGAUGCGCAACAACAUCAACUCGGAAUUCUCUGGUGGUGUCCUUUGGUGCUGCAAUGGAACAUUGGCUUUGCGACGCGUCGACGCCGGCAAAGUGGCGAUGGAGGGUUGUUUGUCUGACGAUUACUACAAAAUACGUGAAUUGCUUUACGAGCAAUAUGCGAUUGUUUAAGAUUUUAUGAAACUUUCGCUUAGUGUUAAAAAUAUAAUUUAAAAAUAAAAUACUUCUUUAUUUUACCUA